CUCCUCCUGACCUUCCUCUGCCUGCUGCCUUCUCCUCUUCACCUCCUCUCCUUCGCCGCCCUGAUCCGUAACUGAGGAUGGAGACGUCAGUGGAAGCGGCUGAGCUGAUGGUGCCGGCCCAACCGGGCCAGGCCUCCUCCCUGCAGGGAGGAGCAGCAGUGACCUGCGCCUCCUCAGACUCCUUCGACCCGAUGGAGGAGUUCGGCCGGCGGCUGCAGGACAUCCUGAGGGUGCACGGCUCUGCAGACGGCCUGCAGGACAAACCGCAGCUGAGUUUGGACGCGGAGACAGAAAAGACGACCGAGGAGGCGAAAGGAGACGUGGAGACAGACAUCUCCCUCAUCAGCCAGAGUCUGGACAAGCUGCCGUCUCCAGAGCAGAAGCUGGAGGAACUGGUCCACAGGUUCUCUGAGCUGGCGGCGCUGCGGCGCCGGGACGCGCAGAGGACGGGCGCUCUGCAGCAGAAGCUCUGCGUCCUGCUGGAGGAGCGGCAGCAGCUGCAGGCCGAGCGCCGCUGCAGCGCGGCGGCCCGCAGCAAGCUGGAGGCUCUGUGCAGAGACCUGCAGGCGCAUUACAGCGCCAUGAGGGAGGAGACGCUGCAGCGCUGCAGGGAGGAUGAGGAGAAGAGGAAGGAGAUCACCAACCACUUCCAGGAGAUGCUGACGGAGAUUCAGGCCCAGAUCGAGCAGCACAGCAGCCGCAACGACCGGCUGUGCCAAGAGAACACCAACCUGACCCACAAACUGGAGAGCCUGAUGAGCCAGUACGAGCGGAGGGAGGAGAGUCUGGAGAAGAUCAACAAGCACCAGGACCUGCAGCACAAACUGACCGAGGCCAGACUGCAGCAGACCAACGCUCUGCUGACCGAGGCCGAGGAGAAACACAAGCGGGAGAAAGAAUACUUACUGGUUCAGGCUGCUGAGUGGAAACUGCAGGCUAAGACUCUCACAGAGCAGGCGACUGUCAUGCAGGCACAGCUGACCCUCUACGCUCAGAAGUUUGAUGAGUUUCAGGCAACUCUGGCCAAGAGCAACGAAAUCUACGUCCGCUUCAAGAAGGAGAUGGACAACAUGACAGAAAAGAUGAAGAAGGUGGAGAAAGAGGCCAACCUCUGGAGGACCAGGUUUGAGAACUGCAACAAGACUCUGAUUGACAUGAUUGAGGAGAGAACAGAGAAAGGCAAAGAGUACGACCUGUUCGUCCUGAAGAUCCAGAAGCUGGAGAAGCUGUGUCACGCUCUGCAGGAAGAGAGGAAAGGGCUUUAUGACAAGAUCAGAGAGGUCCGCCAGUCCAACGCCAACCUCCCGUCCAUGUUGUCCAGCUUCACCGAGAACUCAGAAGUUCCUGAAGAAGCCGCCAUCCCGGAUCUGGAGGGUCUCCAGGAGCUCCAAGAGGAGGACCCGGUCCUGAUGGAGAACAUCGCCCGUCUGAGGGAGGAGCAGGCCAAACUGCAGGAGUUCGCCGCCUCCCUGUUGGCCACGCCGGAGGGCGGCGAGGAGCAAGAGGAGAAAAAUGAGUCGGACGCAGGAAACGACUUGGUGGUCUCCGCCAUCGCUCAGUUCCAAACUAGAACCGAGAUGAAGGAAGAUCCGGUUCCAGUCCCGGCUCAAGUGGAAGAGGGAAAGUCUCCAGCUGCAGAGCCAGGCUUCACACAGUCUGCUGAAGACCAGAUGGUUCAAGAUCCAUCUGUGGCUCUGCUGGAGGCUCCAGAACCGCAUGGAACAAAGUCAGAACCAACAGAGCCUGCAGGAGUUCUGGAGGCGGGGCGGGUCCAGACCCAAGUCCUGGUCAGAGAGGAGCAACUAGUCCAGCAGUCAGAACCAACCAAGGUGGAACCAGAAGCAGAAGGAGCCAAGGUGGAACCAGAAGCAGGAGCUUUGAAGACAGAAUGUCUGGAGGAGACCUGUGAGGUGAAACCGGUGCUGCCAGUGGAGGACAUGCAGGUCCAGCCUGUCAGCGGACCAGAACAGGUACCAGAAAAGUCCACUCAACCUUCUGAAGGGUCGAACAAACCAGCUGCCUCCUCGACGAAGCAGGUCCAGAAGAAAAAGAAGAAGAGGAACAUGAAGAGCAGCAGCUGAACCUGAGGACGUGUGUGUGUGUGUGUGUGUGUGUGGUUCCUAGUCCAGCUGCUGAAGAUGUUCUUCAGAAACCCGACUGCUUGCAGAGGUCAGAGGUCAGAAUGAAGAUGUAGUCUGGGCUGCUGGAGGAGACGUCUCACUAACAUCUAUGUUUGCUUUGUGCUUAGUGAAUCUAAAACUGCUACCAAUAAAGAGAUUUUUGGAACAAA